AUGGCGCAGAAAGGAGUUCAGCUGGACCAGGAAACUUUUUCUUGUUCGAUCUGUUUGGAUCUUUUAAAGGAUCCGGUGACUAUUCCCUGUGGACACAGUUACUGUAUGAACUGUAUUAAUAACUUCUGGGAUGAAGGAGAGAAGAAACUCCCCAGCUGUCCUCAGUGCAAACAUACGUUCACUCCGAAGCCUGUGCUGGUGAAAAGCACCAUGUUUGCUGCUUUAUUGGAGCAGAUGAAGAAGACUGGACUCCAAGCUGCUGCUUCUGAUCACUGCUAUGCUGGACCUGAAGAUGUGGCCUGUGAUUUCUGCUCUGGAAGAAAACUGAAAGCCAUCAAGUCCUGUUUAUUCUGUCUGGCCUCUUACUGCGAGAAACACCUUCAACCUCAUCAUGAUGUGGCUCCAUUCAAGAAACACAAGCUGGUGGAUCCCUCCAAGAACCUGCAGGACAACAUCUGCCCCCGUCAUGAUGAGGUGAUGAAGAUAUUCUGUCGUACUGAUCAGAAGUGUAUCUGUUAUCUCUGCUCUAUGGAUGAACAUAAAGGCCACGACACAGUCUCAGCUGCAGCAGAAAGGACUGAGAGGCAGAGAGAGAUGGAGGUGAGUCGACAACAAAUCCAGCAGGAGAUCCAGGACAGAGAGAAAGAUGUGAAGCUGCUUCAGCAGGAGGUGGAGGCCAUCAAUCAGUCUGCUGAUAAAACAGUGGAGGACAGUGAGGAGAUCUUCACUGAGCUGAUGUCUCUCAUCCAGAAAAGAAGCUCUGAUGUGAAGCAGCAGAUCAGAUCCCAGCAGGAAACUGAAGUGAAGAGAGUCAGAGAGCUGGAGGAGAAGCUGCAGCAGGAGAUCACUGACCUGAAGAGGAGAGACGCUGAGAUGAACCAGCUCACAGAUACCGAGGACCACAACCAGUUUCUCCACAACUACCCCUCACUGUCACCACUCAGUGAGUCCACACACUCCUCCAGCAUCAGCAUCCGUCCUCUCAGAUACUUUCAGGAUGUGACAGCAGUUGUGUCAGAGGUCAGAGGUCAACUACAAGACAUCCUGAGAGACACGUGGACAAACAUCUCACUGACCAUCACUGAUGUGGAUGUUUUACUGUCAGAACCAGAACCAACGAGCAGAGCUGGAUUCUUGAAAUAUUCAUGUGAAAUCACUCUGGAUCCAAACACAGUAAACACACAGCUGUUACUGUCAGAGGAGAACAGAAAGGUGACAGUUAUGGACCAACAUCAGUCUUAUUCUAGUCAUCCAGACAGAUUCAGUGAUGUUUCUCAGGUACUGAGUAGAGAGAGUCUCACUGGACGUCAUUACUGGGAGGUGGAGAAGAAAGAAAAUGUAAUUAAUCCAGCAGUUGCAUACAAGAAUAUCAGCCGAUCAAAGGGGUGGAACGGAAGUGGAUUUGGAGGUCCAAAGAGCUCCAGAAUAGGAGUUUACCUGGAUCACAGAGCAGGUGUUCUGUCCUUCUACAGCGUCUCUGAAACCAUGACCCUCCUCCACAGUGUCCAGACCACCUUCACUCAGCCGCUCUACGCUGGAGUUUGGGUUGGUGACACUGAUGGAGACUCAGCAGAGUUCUGUAAACUCAAAUAGACUUUAUUUCUUCUCCAUGUUUAUGAAUCAGUGUUGAUAAUUGUGAUGUUUCUUCACUGUUCAGGGAUCGACGUCUCAAAUUCUGAUUGUAGAGUAACGUUGCUCCUUAAGUUGUUGUUUAGUUGUUAUUUUAUUCAUUAAGUAGGGGACACUUGUUCUUUCUUAAGGAUUAUAUUACUUUUUUCAACAUAAUCUUUUUCUCAAGAUUAAAAUGUAAAUCUCUCUGUGCACUAAAUGUUGUGCACUAAAAGAUUUUAUUAAUGUUUUAUCGCAUUAUAUAUUUUUUCAACUUCAUGAACCUGAACAGAAAAUUCACCAGAUCUGCAGAUCAAAUGUUGUUGAUGUCUAAAUCUAACUUGCUGAUUCUUUUCGUCGGACAAGAAUAUUUAGGUUUUUAAAUACCUGAUAUAUUUCGGCGAUUACUUCCUCCUUCC